AUGAAAAUCCUAAUAUCUUCGGAUGACUCAGCGGCUGCGAAGAUUGUAACAUGUGACAGGGGUACAGAUACCUCGAAGCAAGACUCUCCUCAACCAAAAUCAAUUCAAAACUGUUUAACUGAACCAAAACUAAAAUAUAGCUCAAGAAUUAUACACUUAUUAAAUUAUAACUAUGAAUACUUAAUAGCCUCAAGGCUAGGAGGGACUGUUUCGAUUUACGAAUUUGAAGAGCUAGAGCCUGAGAAUACAAAUGAACCACCAGAAGACCCUUACAAGCACUUGCAUGAUUUUCAAAUACCAGUUAAUAAAAAUGAUAAACCUGUUAGUUUGGUGAAAAUUGAAACAUUAAAUAGCAUAUUAGUUUCCUUUUCUUCAGGAAGGUUGUUCUUAAUACAUGUCUCAGACUUUAAGUUUGAACCAUUUGAAAUUCAAUUACCUGAUACGAAGCCGAUUGAAGCUUUCACAGUACAUCCAAGAUUUGAGAAUAUAUUUGCUUAUGGUGGAAAAGAAAAUGAUUUGAAGGUGAUUCAAUUGUUCGAUUCAAAAGUAAAUAGUAAGAUUUUUAACAAAGAUUUUAAAGACGUUUUCAUACCAAAAAUAUUGUACCAAGCUAAAAAUGUCAAAAACGAUCACCUAGAUUUGAGAGUACCGAUUUGGAUAACUAAUAUUUUAUUUUUCAAUGAAGAAACGAAAGACAAAUUUAGAAUCAUCACAUCAACAAAGUAUGGACAAAUAAGGCUAUAUGAUUCUUCACAUGGUAAAAAACCAACUCAAGAUUAUCCCGUGAGUCAAAAUUCGAUUUUGACUUUGACAUUCGCAAAUGAAGAACAAUCGGAGAUCAUAAUAACCGAUACAAGUAGUUUGAUAGCAAAGUAUUCGUUAAAUCAAAUUGAUAAUAAGGCUUUCAAAACAAAUUCAGCAACUGCCGGUGAUAUAAUAAAGCCCGCACCAAAAUUACUAGGUAGAUAUACUGGGGGUAAUACAGGUGCUACUGUUGCAGUUCAAUUAUUGGAUGAUAUAGUAGCAUUAGCUGGCUUGGAUCGUUAUCUUCGUGUAUUUGACGUCUCUUCUCGAGAGAUAAUAGCUAAGGUCUACGUUGGAGUUGAAGUUAGCUCUUUAAUCAUACUUGAUGAUGAAGACGAAGCAGAAGUGGAGCAAAAGAGACAAAGAGAGGAACAAGAACAAGAUGAUGAUGAAAUGUGGAAUCAAUUAGAUAAAAAACAAAAAGUUACCUAG